UAUAUUGGACUUUAUAUUAUUUAGUUAAUUUAAGUUGAAUAAGAUCCUGUAAAGCAUUUUAAAAAACAUUAUUACCAUGUUGCCCUUGUUUGUGUUUAUAAUACAUAGAAACGCAUAGAAAUGUUGCCGUUAAAUAAAGGCAUGUGGAAAACAAAUAUUACAAAUAUCUGGGCGAGGAGGAAAAGGCUGUGAAGAACACUGAAAAUCCUGCUCUUAUUGUCUUGCCUGUCAGUUUGAUGGGUUACUCACAGAAGUUUGUGGCUGAUAAUUUCACCUGUGCCUCAACACCUCACUGUUUUAAGAGUAUAUAAGUCUUCAUAAGACACUUAUCUAUCAGAAGGAAAGCAAACAAGCGUAAGAAGCAACUCACAACAUGAGGAGGAUUCACCGCCAGCUGUGUUUUCUCGCAAGCCUGGUGCUUGUUAUUGAUGCAGGACCGAUUGAACAACCCGCUGAUGAUUAUGGAAUUGCAACGAAUUACCUAGAGAGCUUCUACAAUCUGAGAUAUAUACUCGCUCCUGUUGCUCCUGGUGGUGAAGGCAAACGGCCGGAGGAAAAUCCACUGCCCGAGAAACUGAAAGAGAUGCAGAAGUUUUUUGGGCUCAAUGUCACUGGAACGCUGGACAUAGAAACACUGGAGGUGAUGAAGAAGCCCCGCUGUGGAGUUCCAGAUGUUGCUGAGUACUCCGUGUUUGACGACAUACCCAAAUGGCAGACCAACAACCUCACUUACAGGAUUGAGAAUUACACUCCUGACAUGCCUGUAAGAGAGGUGGAUGAUUCCAUCAAAAGGGCCCUGCAAGUGUGGGCAGAUGUCACUCCUCUGAGAUUCACCCGUAUCUACAACGGCACAGCUGACAUCAUGAUCUCCUUUGCUACACAAGAUCAUGGUGAUGCUUACCCAUUUGAUGGACCAGGACGCACUUUGGCUCAUGCUUUUGCUCCCUCACCUGGAAUUGGUGGAGACGCACAUUUCGAUGAUGAUGAGUUUUUUACCUUACGCUCAUCAAGAGGUAAUUUUUUUGCAAGUUAUAUCCUGUUCUUGGUGGCCGCCCAUGAAUUUGGUCACUCUUUGGGUCUUUUUCAUUCCAACGUUCGUGGUGCUCUGAUGUUUCCCACAUACGACUUCACUGAUCCGGAUCGUUUCUCUCUGCACUCUGAUGACAUCACAGGGAUUCAGUCAAUGUAUCCACCUGUUCAAACGACUACUAGAGCUGUUCAAACGACUACUAGAGCUUGUAACUUUAACCUGAUCUUGGAUGCAGUUACAACUUUUAGGGGAGAAACAAUGUUCUUCAAGGAUAGCAUUUUCUGGCAUCGUUCACCAAGCAGAAGUGUGUCUAAACUUCUGAUCAAGAGUUUCUGGCCCAAUGCCCCGGAUAAUAUAGAUGCUGCUUAUGAGGAUCCAGUGCAAGAUAAAGUUUUCUUUUUCAAAGGAAGACAAGUCUGGGCUUUUAAUGGAAACAAUGUUGAGCCGGGCUAUCCCAAGACUCUCAGGAGCUUUGGUCUGCCACCAUCUGUGAAAAAAGUUAGUGCUGCCGUCCACGACAAAAACUCAGGAAAAACACUGCUCUUCUUUGACAUAUAUUACUAUAGCUAUGAUGAGAAGAUGAAGAAGAUGGACAAAGGGUAUCCCAAACGACUGAAAGUUGGAUUUCCAGGGGUGACUGCAGGGAUUACAGCAGCCCAUCUAUUCAAUGGGAAUAUUUAUCUCUUCAGUGGGACAAAGGUGUAUGAGUUUAGCAGCAGCAGGAAUCUCCUCCGUGUGCUGAAUAAUAAUUACUUCCUUCCCUGUUAGUCACGUUUCCCUGAAAUAAGAAAUGAAUGGAGCUUAACUACAGUACUUAAAUGCUUAAAAAAACAGUUAAAAUUAAGUAAUUGUUUAUUGUAUUUCUGGAUUCUUCUAAUCAAAAUUGUCACUGGACUUCUAUUUUAACAUUGUUAACAUUUAAAAGAAUCUGUAUAAUGUUUAAUGUUAAUGACUAUUUUCAAAUAAAUUAAA